AUGCGGCUCUGGCACAACGCACAGUUGGCCCGCAAGGUGCACCACCUUCACAUCUGCUGGCAGGAGUGUGGCAUGAGUGGCUCGAGCGGAGAUGAAAAAGAGCCGGAAACUGUGGCAUUCAUCGACGCCGCUCUGGAUGAGAUCUUUGGCUCCGACGCGCCCCUCGAUCGCACCCGAGACGAAUGGGAACAUCAUCUACUGGCUCGCUGCCAGAAGGCCUGGGCGGGGGUUCUUCUGGUUCGGCUAUCCCAUCUGCAACGCCUGGUCGUGAGUUACGAACAGUCCGACCUGAUCGCAGAUAUCCUGCGCCAGGCGGCGCAGCGGCAGCAGCCCUUCCAUCGCACCUCGCCGUUCCCGCAUCUCGUUGAAAUUAACGCAUAUGCUCAGGGACGCUUAUAUUGGAUUGAUUCGGAUCUCCUUACCUCCUUCUUCUAUUUCCCCGCGGUCCGGCGAGUCAAUGCCUUCGCCGUAGCCGAGACCUCCGCUGCACCUGAAUCGCUAGCCGUGCUUCAUGAGUCGCGUCCCGUGCAAAGCAUAGCGGUUGCGAAUGUCGUUCACUUCCCCGGGAUGCUCGACUGGCUCGCGGCGAGCUUGGAUCUCGAACACAUCGCCUUGAAGAUCGCGGUCCAUCCGGCCGAUCACUACUGGAAUUUACCUCCCACAAAGAGAUUUCAUGCCCCAACGUUCCGGCAAGCGCUUCUUCCUUUUGCCGAAACGCUUCGACUGCCCGCAUCGCUGGAGUCUCUGAACCAAAUCCAGCUGUACGUGAUCUAUAUUGAUGAGGACCGACUGGCUGUUUUGAGAACGGAGUGCGAGUCGGCCGGUAUCGAUCUGAAGGUGGAGGAGCAGCAAGAGGAAGCUUGGGAGCACAAUUGA